CUGCCGCAGUCCGCCGGGGACCUGGUCCGAGCCCAUCCGCCUCUGGAGGCUCCAUCUCCAUUCUGGGUUCAGAUGAUGCUACCACGUGUCACAUUGUGGUCCUGAGGCACACAGGCAACGGGGCUACCUGCCUGACACAUUGCGAUGGAAGCGACACCAAAGCCGAGGUCCCCCUGAUCAUGAGCUCCAUAAAGGCCUUUUCCGACCACGCUCAGUGUGGAAGGCUGGAAGUGCACCUCGUGGGAGGCUUCAGUGAUGACAGGCAGUUGUCGCAAAAGCUUACUCAGCAGCUUCUUAAUGAAUUUGACAGACAAGAUGAUGACAUUCACUUAGUGACAUUGUGUGUGACAGAAUUAAAUGACCGGGAAGAAAAUGAAAACCAUUUUCCAAUCAUUUAUGGCAUUGCUGUCAACGUCAGAACCGCUGAGAUCUACAGGGCCUCCUUCCAGGACCGGGGCCCAGAGGAGGAGCUGCGGGCCGCGCGCGCACUCACAGGCGGACCCAUGGUUAGCAUUUAUGAUGCAAGGGCUGAACAACUGCGCAUCGGACCAUACUCCUGGACGCCAUUCCCACAUCUGGAUUUCUGGUUGCAGCAAGAUGAUAAGCACAUACUAGAGAACCUUUCCACUUCGCCUCUGGCUGAGCCCCCACACUUUGUUGCACACAUUAGAUCUACCUUGAUGUUUUUAAAAAAGUACCCAUCUCCAGCUAACAUACUGUUUCCUGGAAAUAAAGCUCUGCUCUACAAAAAAAAUGAAGACGGCUUAUGGGAAAAGGUCUCUUCUCCAGGAAGCUAAAGCAGGAUUUACCAAAGAACGCGACUUUCUGGCACCACAAAGACCAGUGCGGGGCGGGCGGGGCCUGGAAGGAGAUGGAUUUGAGUCGUAGGUCUCCUCCCUCCUCACUCAGAGUCUGUCAGAUGAUUUUCAAAAUAAAAUCCUAUUUUGGCAAAGG